CCAACUUUCCUCAGCCCAGACGCCUGGUUCCAGGCAAACAACGCGAAACGACUACUACUUCGACAUUCGGGAGGCGGAAUCACGACCUCGCGGCAUGCGGCCGAGGAAGCCGGAUACCAUCAGGCGCUCCAAUCUAUCGCCCUACGCGUCCCGCGGCCAGGGUAUCACAAGGAGGAGGCUGUGCCAGACGCCUUCGCGAGCUCAACUCACAGACUCCGGCUCGAGCCCCGAGACGCGGAGACGGCUCGCACAGCCUCGUUGCCUUGCUUCGUGGACCGAUCGCUGAGACGCCUGCCGCCUAUGAUGCGGAUUCAGGCCUCCCUCCCUACCCGUCUUAAAAUGCACAACACCGCCAACAGCAGCGCGAGCCACCUGUUCCUUCGCAAUUCCAGUCUUCCACCAUGAGCUUCGUACAGGGCGAAGAGAUCGGGCCGACAAAACCCGAGACCCAGGAAGCGGAACGGCCCGAUCGCCGGCUCGCCCAGCCGUUUUCGGGAUGGAACCACAGUCGCAUGUCAGCCAGCAUCGACGCUUUCAUUAGAGAAGGCGAACUGGACGAUUACGCGCAUUAUAUCCGAAGAGGCGCGUUCCUGGCCCAGUCAAAGAAUGCAUUUGCCGUUGGACACGGACGACGCGAUGGUUUGACCCUGAAGGACAGUGAGCGAAGGUACCUGGAUCUUGAGAACAGCCCGCGGCGCAUCGACAAGUUCAAGCAACCUUGGAGGCUCUUUGCUCUCGUAGGACUUUGCUCUCUGGGUGCCGCCGUGCAAGGAUGCGGGGACGAGACGGCGGUCAAUGGAGCCCAGGUCUACUACACGGACGCGCUCGGCCUCAGAGGAAAAGAUGGCUGGCUUGGCCUUGUCAACAGCGCACCGUAUCUAUGCUGCGCCUUCUCGUGUUGGCUGAACUACCCCAUGAACAAGCUCCUUGACCGACGGGGGGUCAUCUUCGUAACCUGCUUGAUCAGCUCUAUCACAUGUCUCGGCCAAGCCUUUCCCCAGACAUGGAAGCAACUUUUCGCCGCGCGCUUUUUGCUCGGGCUUGGGAUUGGUCCUAAGAGCGCCACGAUUCCAAUCUAUGCCGCAGAAUGUGCUCCAGCCAAUAUUCGCGGCGCGCUCGUCUCUAUGUGGCAGAUGUGGACUGCAUUCGGCAUCAUGUGUGGCUACAUCGCAGGCGUCGCCCUGGCCGGUUUGCGAGACGGCAUGAACCAAUCCAUCUGCAACCAAGAGGCCGGCAAUCUCCUCACAUCCCAGUGCAGCUUGAAUUGGCGGUUAAUGUUAGCAAGCCCGAUGAUCCUACCCAUCUUCGUCGUCGCCUACGUUUACACGCUACCCGAGUCACCGCGUUGGCUGCUCAUGAAGGCUCGAAAAGGAAACAAGAAGAAGUAUGAGGAAGCAUUCAUGGCGCUAUGCAAGCUAAGGCACACGAAGCUGCAAGCAGGCCGAGACUUGUUUCUCAUCAAUCACUUGCUGGACGGCGAGGAGGAGAUCAUGAAGCUGCAGAAGCCUUUCACUGAACUUUUCACUCUCGGUAGGAAUAGGCGGGCCCUCACUGCUUCCUCCAUCACGAUGUUCCUUCAACAGUUCUGCGGAGUUAACGUCACGGCAUACUAUUCUAGCACCAUCCUCAAAGAGCAUGCAUCUUACUCCGUUCGAGCAUCACUGCUUAUUUCUAUGGGCUUCGGCAUCAUCAACUUCCUCUUCGCCAUACCGGCCAUAUGGACCAUCGAUACGUUCGGCAGGCGCAACCUGUUACUCUCAACCUUCCCCUUCAUGGCGCUCUUCCAAAUUAUAAUGGUCGUCGCCUUUGCACUGCCCAAUCAAUCAACCAGCCAGCACGUCCUCGUAAUCAUAGGCAUGUAUCUCUUCGGCGUCGCCUACUCGCCGGGGGAAGGCCCCGUCCCCUUCGUCUACAGCGCCGAAUCGAUGCCUCUCUACAACCGUGAUUUUGGCAUGGGCAUCGUCACGUCCAUCAACUGGUUCUGGAACUUCUUCAUCGCGAUCACCUGGCCGAAAUUCAACACCGCCUUCACGACAUCCGGCGCCUUCGGCUGGUACGCCGCAUGGUGUUUUAUCGGAUGGUGGAUGAUUCUGUUCUUCGUUCCCGAUACGAAGGAUCUCAGCCUUGAGGAGCUCGAUCAGGUGUUUGGUUAUAGCACCCGGGAGCAUGUGCGGCAUGGGGUGGACCAGCUGAGGUGGUUCGUCAGUAGGUACGUGUUGAGGAGGAAGGGGCUGAAGAAGCCGGUCUUUGUGCAGAGGGAGGAUCCAGAGAAGGUUUUCGAUACGAGGGGGGAGGUAGGUGAUGGGAGGGGUGCGGUGUAUGAGGAGGUGAGGGAGGAGAAGGAGUCGGGGCCCGCGGGGAAUGGGGUAUUUGUAGGUUGAGAGGAUUGGCUUCGGGUAGGGGAAUCUAGAUAAGAUGGCUGUUAAGCCAUCAGCUGCCGGUUAGUUCGCGCUGAUAGUUAAAAAUGGCGGAGGAGGAGUUCCGGCGACGCAUGCAGACCUCACCUCGCAGGAAGCUGAUCCAGCUCAAAACAUGAUCCUGCUAUCAUCGUCUCCCCUUCCGUCACUGGAAAUAUGGGUGCACACACGACUCGCGAAGCAGAAACACGGAGCAGGUAGCAAUACUGAUAGACCGAAGGCGCGGAAGGUGGAUUAUAAAUCGGCGAGUGAGCAGAGCUAGGGGAGGCCCGCCAUGAAGGAUUAAAGUGACGCAUCU